UGGAAGCACGGCAAGUGGCGACAAAAAUCACCACCGAGGACUAACGCGGCCAUUAGAGUUCCCAGAUAGAGAUUGUACAGUGAACUAUUUAAUUUAAGAGGCCUAAGUGUUACUGUGUUGUGUAAAUAUAGUGGUGUGUAGAUGUUAGAGAUGGCCGAGGGUCGCGGGUCGCGCACGCCGCUGCUCGAGUGCGGCGAGUACGCGCACGCGCACAAGUCGGCCACGCCGCGCUGCUGCCUGUGGCUGGCCAGCCACGUCAACGUGAGGAAGUGCGUAGCUGGUGUUAUGCUGCUGUCCGUCCUCACCAUAUUCUUCUAUACGUAUUAUGUGACGAUGCCGCUUACGAGUUUAGUAUGGCGCGACCGGGUACCGCGGCCGCUGUCGCAGUGUUCGCUGCUGGCGUCGCAGCAACAAUCUGCGCGCGACCACCGCUCCGACGCGCGACUGCGUAUCGACGCCAAGGUGUUGGUCAUCGCAGAGUCGCUCUAUUCGCGACUGGGACGCGACAUCGCCGAGCUUCUUGUCGCCAACCGUAUACGGUACAAGGUCGAAGUUGCGGGCAAAAGCUUGCCAGUGCUUACUACCUUGGACAAGGGGCGAUACGGUGUAAUCGUGUUCGAAUCGCUGUCGAAAUACGCCAAUAUGGACAAGUGGAAUCGAGAACUACUCGACAAAUACUGUCGAGAAUAUUCAGUAGGGGUCGUCGGAUUCGCAACGCCAGGCGAAGAGAGCCUUGUAGGUGCUCAACUGAAAGGAUUCCCACUCUUCAUGCAUACCAAUCUGCGGCUUAAGGACGCAGCAUUGAACCCUGCUUCGCCGGUGCUGCGGUUGGCCCGAGCUGGUGAGACGGCCUGGGGCCCGCUGCCUGGCGAGCACUGGACUGUCUUCAGGGCCAACUCCUCCACUUACGAGCCGGUCGCGUGGGCGUUGAGGCAGACCGAUUAUGGAGUCAAUGAGGAGAGGCUGCCGUUAGCGACCGUAGUACAAGACCAUGGUCGUUUGGACGGCGUCCAACGAGUGCUGUUCGGGUCCGGGCUUCAGUUCUGGCUGCAUCGGCUGCUGUUUUUGGACGCACUAAGCUACCUCAGCCACGGCCAGUUGAGCUUGAGUCUCGACCGAUGGAUACUCGUCGAUAUUGAUGACAUCUUUGUUGGCGAACGAGGAACGCGCCUACACGAGGAAGAUGUUUCAGCUUUGAUGGCAUCACAGGCUGCUCUGCAGCGCCUUGUACCAGGGUUUCGGUUCAAUCUCGGCUUCAGUGCCAAGUACUACCACCACGGCACCUCCCUAGAGAACAGAGGCGACGAUGCGCUUCUAAAGAAUCGGCAACAUUUUAACUGGUUUUGCCACAUGUGGAACCAUCAGCAACCGCAUCUAUACAGCAACGUGUCCCAACUCGAAGCGGAAAUGAUGUUGAACAAACAGUUCGCCCUUGAACACGGCAUUCCUACGAACUCGUGCUACUCGGUAUCGCCGCAUCACUCCGGCGUAUAUCCCGUACACGAACCGCUCUAUGAAGCCUGGAGAAAAGUUUGGGAUCUCAGAGUUACGAGUACUGAGGAAUACCCCCACCUGCGGCCAGCGAGAUUACGCCGUGGUUUCCGUCAUCGCGGAGUGAUGGUGCUGCCGCGUCAAACUUGCGGACUGUUCACUCACACUCUGCUUUUGGAGCGGUACCCGGGCGGCCGACAGCGUCUAGACAGAUCCAUCCAGGGUGGGGAGUUGUUCCAGACCCUAAUAAACAACCCUAUCAACGUGUUCAUGACGCACAUGUCAAACUACGGCAACGACCGCCUGGCGCUGUACACGUUCGAGUCCGUGGUGAAGUUCCUGCGAUGUUGGACCAACGUGCGCCUGGCGUCCGCGCCGCCGCUCGCGCUCGCCGAGAAGUACUUCCAACUGCGACCUGAUGAGCUGAAUCCACUAUGGGGGAAUCCAUGCGACGACAUCCGACAUAGAAAAAUUUGGUCGAAGAGCAAAUGGUGCGACACAUAUGACACCUUACCGAAGAUCCUCGUAAUAGGACCGCAAAAAACUGGCAGCACAGCUCUGUACACCUUUCUGGCCAUGCAUCCUAAUCUGGUACCCAAUCUGCCGAGCCCGACUACUUACGAAGAGCUGCAGUUCUUCAAUAACAACAACUAUUUGAAAGGAUUGGACUGGUACUUGAGCUUCUUCCCGCCUAAGCAAAGCAACAGCACACAGUUGACAUUCGAGAAAUCGGCAACGUACUUCGAUGGCGACUUGGUACCGCGACGCGCACAUGCGCUCCUGCCGAAUGCGAAGAUCAUCGCCAUCCUCAUCUCUCCCUCCAAAAGAGCAUACUCGUGGUACCAGCACAUACGAUCGCACGGGGACCCGGUUGCAAACAAUUACACCUUCCAUACAGUCAUCACGGCCAACGACUCUUCACCGAAACCUCUUCGGGACCUCAGGAACCGUUGCUUGAACCCGGGCAAGUACAGCCACUACCUGGAGCGCUGGCUGGGCGAGUACAGCGCGCACCAGCUGCACGUGCUGGACGGCUCUCUGUUGCGCGCCGAGCCUGCCACGGCGAUGAACGCGCUGCAGAAGUUCCUCAAGAUACCGCAUCUGGACUACCAGAAGCUGCUCAAAUACGACGCGAAAAAAGGUUUCUUCUGCCAAGCGGUGAGCAAUGAGAAAACCAAAUGCCUCGGCAAGUCCAAAGGGCGGAUAUACCCGCCAAUGGAGGACAGAUCGGGCAAGUUCUUAAGGCGCUACUACACGCCACAUAACACGGCUCUAUCCAAGCUGCUCGUGAGGCUCGGCCGACCCGUGCCGCAGUGGCUUAAAGACGAACUCUCGAACGGAUAGCAUUUCUUACAACCUAAAAGGUUGGAACUUAAUAGAAAAGUGCAUGGACUGAUCAGAGUCUGUGUCGUGGCGAUACCCUGACCGUCAGGCUGAGGCUACAUUGGACGUUCGGUAGCGUUUUAACUGUGUGAACGACGAAAAUAAAACGUGGCUACGAAAAGCGAUAUUACAAUAAAAUUCUACCGCGACAUAUGAUCAUCGGCCCACUACUGAACAAGGGUCUCCUCUCAGAAUAAGAAUGGCUAUAAAGUUAUCAGCAGUGUAGUAAAUGACGAUGAUGAUUGAAUGAAUUAGUCGCACAACUAAGUUCAUAAGAAAAUACGAGUCAGUUUUGCUGAUGUAGCCAUUAGCUAUUACCAUAUAAAAGUAUAACGUUAGUUUGAUCGCUAUAAACUAAACAAAUAUCGCUUGAGAUAUUCCCUGUCAUCAUAGGAAUAGACAUGUUUGUUUGAUCGCUUAUGUGUCGCAAAUCUAAUAAUAUCGUAUAAUUUCUAAAUCUCUGGUUUGAUAUGGUGGGAGGCUUCGGCCGUGGCUAGUUACCAUCCUACUGACAAAGCCAUGCCAUAGAAACCAAUGGGGUAUGGGUUUAAUAAAAACUGCCAUACCCCUUCCAGGUUAGCCCGCUUCCAUCUUUGACUGCAUUAUCACUUACCACCAGGUGAGAUUCCAGUCAAGGUCUAACUUGUGUCUGAAUAAAAAUAAAAAUCGCGUCGUGGUCCAGUGUAGCCUCAGCCUUAGUCCCGAUCGUCACAAUUCGUCCAAGUUAUAAACUAUGGACCUAGCAAUACGUAAAAUGUUGUUUUUAAUGUGUUUUCAAUGUGAGAGUAUCAUUGUUGAGAGAUAUAUCUGUCUAUCGAAUCUUGUAAAAUAAAAAGUUUCAGAGUUUUAAUUAUAAAUUUUAAAAAAAUAUUUCAUUCCUACGAAUGAAGUGUUUUCUAGUAUAUAUUGUAAUUUUAUUUUUAUUUUAACGUUUUUAAGAAUACAGUGUUCAUACUCUUAUGGAUUUCAAUGUUUCGAGUAGGUACAUACUAAUUUUGCUUGCCCGAUUUUUUUACAUACUUAGCCAUUACGCUUCCGGUGCGCUAUUGUGGUCUCGUAAAUAAAAUCCACGAAAUAUCAAAUCCUAGGCACUUGCAUAAGGACACUUAAACUGAUUUAGUAGCUCACCGUUUGAUCCUGAAUCGACAUCUGUCAAAUAUUAGGUAUUUGAGCAUUAGGGGUGACGUGAAAUCAAAGAUUUAAAAAUAUUAUAAUAUUUAAAACGCUUUGCCACACUAGACCCAUAUGUCACACCUUGUCGUUUCAUAGGCUACAGACAGGUGAAACCUCGAGCUUUUGUUACAAGUAUGAAACUUGUAAGAAACUGUCGUGAACUCUGCUCUUGCCUAAAAGUGUCAGUAAUGCCAUUAAAUAAAUCAGUUUGCUGUCCUUGUGCAAUUGGGCUAAGUCUAUAUCGCACACAUAGGCUCAAGGCACAAGGCGAAACGACGCGUUAUCCAACAUGUUACAAAAUAAACUAAACUUUAUCUCCAUUAUGUAAUGUACAGAUUUGUGUGAACCCAAAUUUUAAAUGAAAAAGACGCCUGUGUCCGUUUAUACGGAUACUUUAGUCAGUGGUGAUAAAGUUUACAUAGUAGUCUUUUGGAAAAAGCAGUGAAAAAAUGCUCGAUGUGUCCUCGCUUCCUUCGUCUUAUGUCUUGAACCCACAGUCGAAAAUUUGACGUAGAGUAUACGAAAGAGACCCAAAGUAUCGGUUUAGGUGCUACUUGUUAUUACGGUAAGUAACCGUUUAGGACAAUAGAAUUUUUUAGUUUACUAAAACUGUCACGUUCCGUCCUACGUGAGUGAUUUGACGAGAAAAUUACGUUACUACUCGUAUAAUGCUUAUCGCAUACUCCACACACGCACUCUACGCGCCGAUAACGGUAUACGUUUUCAGCGUUUAGAAAUCAUCUAUUUGUUAGUGUAUUGGUGCAUACCGCACAAGCCGAAUAAAGCAGCUUUUUUUUGACACAUUGUGCAAAGAUGAUGUCGGGAAAAAAUAACGGAAAAUUACGAAAAUCUGCAUCGAUUAUUGCUACAUUGCUGAAUAGGUGUAGUGGGUGUUCUUGCUACAUCAAUGCAUUUUAUCAGCCAGUCAGGGGUGAUUAAGAUAGCUCUGAUUUUAUAGUAAUCGAACCUCACAUUAAGUUUAGCACGCCGAGACAAGUUUCUAUGCGAACUGUACGCUACAACAAAGCCUUAUUGCGACCUUUUGUGUUCCAUUCAAUGCCUUGCAAUAUUCAAUAUAGUACUCUAUAUUAAAUACUCCAACCAGAUGUUUGUAGAGCGUCUUAAAAUGUACUACAUAUUAUUUAUUAUAUGUUUCUAUAGACGUAAGUUGUAAUAUAUUUGUUGUAGUAAUUUGGACAAAAAAAAUCAUUACUAUAAGCUUGCCUCAAGUUUCAAAAUGAUACCUCAAACUUAGUUUUAAAACAUCCGUAGAACUUUUCUAAGCAAAUAUUCUUUAUCGCGUCAGCAAAUCGCUCACCUAGAACGAAACGGAGCGCUUCAAGUUAUCUGAAAGAUAAGCGUCGAAUGAGCUUGUAAGUGGAUUUGGCAACCUUGCCUAAAUUCGCGUCGUCUUGGUUCUGUGGAAAAUUACACCUAGCACCGAACUUCUGAUAAUCACAUUGCGAUCAUCGCAAUUGUUAUCUGCUGAAUUUAUGGUACUCUUCCGUGUAUUUUAACCAAGAGUGUAUGCCAAGAGUUCAAUAGUGUAUGCAAAUAAGUUCUUUGGGCAUAGAACGGAUAAGAGUGGUACCAUCAUACACCUCAUGGGACAGUGGAAGGCACACGUACACGUGAUCGUAUCCCAACUAGGACAGGCUUAGGCUGAAAUCUAUAGAGUAUACUUGGACUUUGCUCAUACUUAAGUUUCUAUUAAAACGAGACAGAUUUAUGCUAUAUAACGCUGUCUCGUUUUAACGGUGUCUUAAGUCUGAAAAAAGUCAAAGUGUGCUCUAUAGAUUUCAGCCUAGAUCCGUUCCCUAAUAAAUACCUAGUUAUAGCUGUCUCUAUGUACCUACACGUAAUGUUGUCAACAGAAGUCGCAUGAAAGAGACUGAAUAGUCACGACUACUCUGCCAAGAGUGAACGAUUGAGAAGAAGAGUACCUAUGCCAGUAACAAUUGAUUGCGCUUAUCACAAUUUCAUUGUUGAAUUCAGUACUAGAACCACAGUAUCGUCACUAAAGCAGAUCUAUAGAACGCGCUUUGACUUUGCUCAGGAUUAAGACAUUGUUAAAACGAGAUAGCGUUAUACAUUAUAGCAUAAAUCUUACUCGUUUUAGCUGAAACUUAAGUCUAAGCAAAGUCAAAGUGCGCUCUACACAUUUCAACCAUAGACUCGGUAUUCACUCAAAGCGGAGAUGAGCGGAUAUCUGUUUAAGAGACCAAUCAGAUUAUUUAUGGAUGACGUGUUUUUUUUUCACGUCAGCUAUCUGUAAUCUGAGUGGUCUCAUAAACUCAUCGUCGCCUUGAUUUGUGAUUGAUACCGGGCCUUCAGCUUUUGAUAAGCCUACUUUAUAGGUUAAAUCCGAGAUGAGAGUUUAUAAAACGCCGAUAUCAGAUGCAUCUCAUUCCACGCGCACGUCGGAAACGCUUAAUUUAGUAUUUUUACAUUUACGUACCUGACACAAUUUAUAUAUUUGAUAGUUAAUUUUAUAUCUACGACUACCAAUUGUGUAUAACUAGAUAGUAAUUAUUUUCAACACUAUAGUCUCUCUGUGCCAUCGCUAACAUUAAUCAAUUUUAUUAUUAUGCCACGAGAACUAUAUUAAUAUUAGAAGUUUACAUUAUAAUACCUCAAGGGUCCUAGACCGGCUGUCGGCAGGUCUGGUUUACGAGUACCUUCAAGUGAAGAGCUUUUAGCUUUUAUCAAGCACUUUCCCAAAAUUUCGUACGGACCCUCUGGCACUAAGGAACAUAACAACAUAAAGGCUCAUUUUCAUUGGUUGAUAACCUUGUCGAAACAAAAUAUGCGGUGUAUUAACGUAUAAAAAAUACCAUAUAAGCAAUACAAAAUUUGUUUUAGACAUCCUUUAAACCCCGAAAGCUGCAUCCCAAUAAAAAUAAGCCAUUAUGUAUUGUAUUCAGUUGAGAUUUCUAGAAAUAAUAUUUGAUGGCUUGAUGCGCUGUAGGUUUGUUGAAAGAACACCUUGAUUUGAUUCACAGUUUUGUCAAUUGAGCUUAUUUAAAAUUAUUUAUCUUCGGUACAAUAGUACUAAAAUCAUUAAUAUCUAACAGGCAGCUAUACCUAUUAUAAUUUAAAUUAUCGUGUUAGAAUAGUUAGUUUUGUAUACACUUGGUCAUCAUCCCAAAAAUUAAUUAAAUCAUUCGACCUGCAAAUUCCGAACAAUAAAACCUUGUCCUAAAUAAAGUAAAGACUCCUUGAAGUUCUUUAUUAUUUUAUGCAAUGCAUUUCUUUGUCCAUAAAGUUACCUUAUAUCAUAGAAAGUGUAUAUUGGAAUACAAAUCAGAGUCGAAUGUAUAUCGUGUUAUCAAUACUUAACACAGAGAUCUAUUGAUAUCGCUAGAAAGAUAUAAGAACCUGUCGUUUUAUUACUUUACAGUAGGUGCACAAACGAUUCUGUUUCAACUAAGUAUUUGAAUGCAUUCCGUAUUCGGACUAGAUUUUAUAUAAAGGAGUGUAAUUGCGAUAAGAAAUGACCUCAGUGAAUUAGGGACAAAUGUUAUGCAUGGGCUGCAAGCCAAUUGCAAAAGUUCGGUUACUUUUGUUGGGCAGUUGACAUUAAUACGUCGAGACACCGACUGUUUCGAUGUAGUUAUAUCUAUUGCUUUAGUUCUAAUUACAUCAUGUCGUGCAAUAAACGGUUGGCAGUUGGAUAUGCCUAUACCUAGUUUUCUAGUUUGUCCGUUUAGACGCACAACGCACAAUGCUAAAGUUAAUUUUGUGAUGCCUAAAUGAAAGAUUACUUAUUUAGACAAAAUACCAAACAACCAUACCGCUAAAAACGCAAAAUUCCAAAAUUCUAAUGCUUGGAAAGUACCAAACCCAAAAAUUCGUAAUUUAUACAAGGCAUUCUUAUUAUUUCGACUUCUAAAAUUUUAAGGGUCAGUAGGUACCACCCAUUUAAGAGAUCCUUAUUAUAUUUUUACAGUUUAAACUUUAUAUGGUUUUAUUUUUUUUAUUUGUUUUUACAGCAAUUUAGCAUUUCGCGUAUUAUGCGUAGGUACUUGCCGUUUCACGAUAUUUGGCGUUUUGCGUUUUUGGCGUUGUGCGCGCCUAAACGAUUUAGUCAACUGCACAGCAACCGCACCCAAACUGCUAUUACAUUUUAUUUGGAAUAUAUUUUGAUACGCAUAAAUUUAUUCGCGACGGAUAUGGUCUGAAGUUAUACAAGAACUAUGUAAUAGAUGUUGGUACUUAAACUUUCCGACUUGUAAAAACUUUUAUUCCGACG